AACCACAUCACAUCGCCAUAUUGAUUUCGCUCUGUGCUUUGUGCUUGCUGCUUGGUUGAUUUCGCUCUGUGCUUUGUGCUUGCUGUGUGGUUGCUGCUGUAUUUGAAUUUGUUAACUUAUAUUGACCUCUGAGUUAAUUUGUUUUGCUGUUUUUGUUCUUUCAGAUGGCGCUGAUCAUUGGGGAUUCUCAGGUCAAGUACCUGAACCAGUAUCUUUGGGAUGGAAUUACUUGCAUUCCUAAACCAGGGUACAAGGUUCAGGAUCUUGUGCCGAUUAUUGAAGAGGUUGGACCUUACUUCAAUAAAGUAGUCCUCCAUUGCGGAACCAACAAUGUGCUGAGCGAGGAUGCAGAGACCAUCGUCGACCAUAUUUUGAAUUUUGCAGAGACCUUGAAGAGGGUAAAUUCGUAUGCUACACUGAUGGUGUCAGGCAUCCUACCAAGGAAAAUGAAUGGCUACCGCUGUGAAACAUCUGGCCAGCGUGUUGCUGGGAUGAAUGCCAAGUCAGCUUGCGUAAACGAUAUGCUGCGACAGUGUUUGCCAAACAUGGAGGUAAUGUUCAUUGAACUGUGGGAUUUCUUUUUGCAGCCUGGAAUGAUUUCUUUUGAUGGACUUCACAUCACGGCUCAAGGUUGCAAGUUGCUGUGCAGAUCCUAUGGGAAGUUUUGCAAGAGUAAGGUGCCCAUCAAAUUGUCUGUUCCUACAGAACAAAAUGUUGCUGUUGUUUCCAGGAUUACUACAAUUUCUAGUAAGCAGCAAGGGGUCGCGGCAUCUUUACCUUCUAAUGAAGACUUUCCUUCCCUGGAAGAAUCUUGUACACAGAAGCGUUUUGUACCCUCUCAGGUUCCAAAAGUCAAAAAACUACCUGCUUUUCAGAGAAUGUCUCAGCGUUUGAAGGUUUUGCCUAGCCAGUUUACUUCAAUUUCUUGUGUACCUUGUGUAGUCCAGAAUUCCUUUGCCCCAGUAAAUCCUGUUGUGCCAUCAGCUGUUGAGUCUCUUAAAAGCAAUUUCCAGGUUCCUGUGUGUACCCCAUCUUCUGGACAGUCAUCAUCUCAGGCUAAAGUGUCUGGGCCACUACACAACAUAUCUUCUGCACCUCAUUCACCACUGCCAUCUUUUCAGCACAGUGCUUCAAAAAGGUUUUUUCGCCCAGUUCUGCCAUGUAUUGAAUCAUUUGUCCAUGAAAACAAGUUUAAUGUUUUGAAUUCUGUAACAGAGAACGAAGAUGCCAGCAUGUUUGAAAGUAGUUUUGGUGGUAAAAAGUGCAGUAAAAAGAUGAAAGAUUGUAGGUUUAAGAAUAGUGUAAAUCCAAGGAAAGUUCGGAGCCGUCUGGUUGGAGGGGGAGCCACUUCAUUAUCAGAAGGUGUAUCGUUCAGUAGUUAUAAGGAAUUUACAGAGGUUUAUGAACAGUGGUUAGAAGAAGGACAUCAUCCAAUGAGAGUGAACCAUUCUGUAAGAAGUCCUGGUGGUGGUGAUGAUAAUAUUCCUUAUGUGCAGGUAAAAUAUGUGUGUAAACAUUUUGGUAAGCCUAGGAUUAGAGGUAAUGAUGUUCGGCCAAAUCAAAAGUAUAAUGCCAAAGGUUGCCUUGUACAUGUAAAAAUUAUUUAUAAUAAUAAGCUGAAAUGUUAUGUUGUGCGUAGUAUGAUUGAUUGCCAUAAUCAUGAAACUGGUCCAGAUGUCAUUAUGCAUUAUCCUGAUCAAAGAUUACUUGAUAAGGGGGAACAAGAGGAAGUAGUCCCGGAGGUGGGUAGGGGCAUGACGAGUGCGGCCUAG